AUGAUUAGAACUGCUAUGCUUAGACGUCCAGUCACUUUUUAUAAUGCUCGUUCAUUUUCUUCAACUAGUCAAAUCUUAGAUAAGAUUAAAGUUAAGAACCCAAUUGUUGAAUUAGAUGGGGAUGAAAUGACUAGAAUCAUAUGGCAAAGAAUUAAAGAUAAAUUAAUCAAUCCUUAUUUAGAUGUUGAUUUAAAAUAUUAUGAUUUAGGAGUUGAAUCAAGAGAUGCUACUGAUGAUAAGAUUACUAUUGAUGCUGCAAAUGCUAUUAAAGAAUAUGGGGUCGGUGUUAAAUGUGCCACUAUUACUCCAGAUGAAGCCAGAGUUAAAGAAUUCAAUUUAAAGAAAAUGUGGUUAUCACCAAAUGGUACUAUUAGAAAUAUUUUAGGUGGUACUGUUUUCAGAGAGUCUAUUAUUAUUCCAAGAAUUCCACGUUUAAUUCCAGGUUGGAAAGAACCAAUUGUUAUUGGUAGACAUGCUCAUGGUGAUCAAUAUAAAGCUACUGAUUUAGUUAUUUCUGAACCAGGUAAGUUGGAAGUCGUUUUCACUCCAGCUAAUGGUGGUCCAGCUGAAACCAAGACUGUAUAUGAUUAUAAGAGUCCAGGAGUGGGAUUAGCUAUGUAUAAUACUGAUGAAUCUAUUAUUGGUUUUGCUCAUUCUUCAUUUAAAAUGGCUUUAACUAAAAAAUUACCAUUAUAUUUAUCUACUAAGAAUACCAUCUUAAAGAAAUAUGAUGGUAGAUUCAAAGAUAUUUUCCAAGAAAUUUAUGAAUCCGAUUAUGCUAAAGAAUUCGAAGCUCAAGGUUUAUGGUAUGAACAUAGAUUAAUUGAUGAUAUGGUUGCUCAAAUGAUUAAAUCUAAAGGUGGUUAUGUCAUGGCUUUAAAGAAUUAUGAUGGUGAUGUUCAAUCUGAUAUCGUUGCUCAAGGUUUUGGUUCCUUAGGUUUAAUGACUUCUGUUUUAAUGACUCCAGAUGGUAAAGCUUUUGAAUCUGAAGCUGCUCAUGGUACCGUUACUAGACAUUACAGACAACAUCAACAAGGUAAAGAAACCUCCACUAACUCUAUUGCUUCUAUCUUUGCUUGGUCAAGAGGUAUUGCUCAAAGAGGUAGACUUGAUAACACACCAGAAGUUGUUGAAUUUGCUAAUAUUCUUGAAAAAGCUACUCUUGAUACCGUUCAAGAAGAUGGUAUUAUGACUAAAGAUUUAGCUUUAGCUUGUGGUAAGACUGAAAGAUCAGCUUAUGUUACCACUACUGAAUUUUUAGAUGCUGUUGCUGAUAAAUUAAAGACCCAAGUCAAGGUUUAA